UAAAAAUCCGAAGAUAAAGAACAGCAUGAAUACAUUGUGGGUUUUUUAACCGAGAAAAUGUUUUGAGAUACACCAGGUAGCCACACCAUGGAUAACGGCGGGAUGACUUCCAAUAAGCACGUAUCUUUUCUAACACACGUAUACCGGCGUCUACGUUAUCAAGGCGCUACCCAAUGGAUAACACUGAUAUUAGCCGCAUCGUGUGUAUCGUUGUGGAUGUUUACAGCACCUUUAAAUUCAUAUUUAUACCGUGGAGAUCCCGCAUUAGCAAGACCUAGUGCACCGUCGGAAAGUGAAAAUAGUGCAGGAGAAAAUGAACUGAAUGAAAUCAGUGGCAAUAAUGGAGAGAAUAAUAACCCCGCAACUGUCUCACUGAAUGACUUCCCGGAAAUAGAAUUAGCGCCUGAGUUCACCAGUUCACGAUUCUGGGAUGGUGUCGACUGGGAUGAACCACUCGAGAUGCCGGAUCGGGUAGCGUCCAAAGUGGCAGAAAUGCCGGUGGAAACCGGUGAAGAAGAUGUUGAAAUGAAAUAUCCAAAUGGAGAGCUGCACGUAACAACGGUGUUCUACCGAGAGUCGGUGCCAAAAACCAAGAAACUUGGUGAUGUCUUGUUGUUGCAUGGGGCUCGGUUCAAUUCGGAAACUUGGGUCACCGUUGACACGACGAAGACGUUAGCGGCAAUGGGCUUCCGUGCCACCGCAAUUGAUCUUCCUGGAUUCGGCAACACCCCUGGUUCUGUUCUUUUUGGUGAUCGUGCCGUGAUGUUUAUAGAGAAUUUCUGUCAGGCACACAAAAUCACAAAGCCCAUCAUUGUGGCACCGUCCAUCGGUGGCCAGUAUGCACUACCUUAUAUCAUGGCGCGCCCGUAUAACGUUAGCGCAUUAAUCGCACUAGUGCCAACCGCACCGGAAAGGUUUACGAAAGACCAGUUCUAUCUUCUAAAGAUCCCAGUAUUACUAAUGUAUGGAUCCAAGGAUCAUAAUUUGGGAAAGCAAGUGGCCAAAGCCAUGUCCAGUAUUCCGAAUUUUCAAGUCAGGGUGAUCGAGGAAGCCCAUUCCUCUGUUUUUGUUGAUCAGCCAGAUGAAUUCCACCGGACAGUGUACACUUUUCUACGCCGGCUAGAGUUUUGGUGGCAGCGUAAUGCCAACGUAACCACCACCCCGCAUCCGGCCAUCGUUACGCCGGAAUCCGGCGAUUUGCCACCGGAAGCCACGUUAGCCCCACUGAAACCGCCACCGCCCAUCCGGGUGGAUUACGAAAAGAAGGUGAUCUACGCUGACGAACCGAUUGAUGCGACAACGAUAGCGGCUGGUGGCAUUUACAUGCAACCUUCGGGUAUGCUACCGCAGCUCAACCAAGGCAAUUUGGCCGUUGGAUAUCAACCACAAAUUGCCGUGGGUAACCCGCAGAAUCCUGCCGAAACUGUUUAUAGUAACCAACAACCGACAAGUUACGGUCAACUGCAGAGCGCGUAUGCUUAUCCGGAGCAGCAACCACCAGCGACAAAUUUCGUCAACACCGCUAACGCCAAUUACGCCAACAAUAUUCCCAGUUUUCAGAAAGCCGCAGCGCAGCAGCAAAAGGCUAUCCCCGCCAAUGUAUUGCAGAACUAUUCACAGCCGAAAGCUGCGAACGCGGUCACGCUAGUCGCGCAAGCCCAACAGCCAAAUGCACUUUAUCCACAAGUAGCAAAUCAGAAUAAGCCUCUGUUACCCGCAAACACCAAUAUUCCUUCCGGACCCAAUCCAUCAUACAAUGUUUUACAAGGCGCGGUCUCCAGUUCCAUUGCCCAGAAAAAACCGAUUCCUGCGGAUUAUCCUACCGGUGGGUUUCCUCCACCAGACCUAAUCAAAGAUACGGCUAUUCGCAAUGCCGCAACACCAUCGAUUCUAGCCGGGAUGAGUGAGCAACAGUUCAAGACAUUCCAGGAAGCAGCCGCCAAGCAGGCGGUCAUUCCACCGGAAAGUAUCCCCGACAUUCGCCCCGUUCCACCAUAUGAAGCCACUAAGGAAAUCCACCGCGAUAAACUGUCGGGCAACGUUAACCCACCCGUGAAUCUCAUUAACGGAAAAGCACCGCAGGCGUUUUCGGGUGAUGUGGGACAGCCCGUUUCUAUGCUCGAUGGAAAUGACCAGGCUGUUCUGAAUAAGCAGGCAAGCGACCUUGUUCCGUACCCGACCGGAAGUAAGAUGGAAACUGCUCAGCAACCGCAAAUAAUAACUGGCAAUAUGCGAUCCAUCUGAACAAUAAACUCUGGUACCCAGAAGGACUACUGAUAUACCUAAGCCAGUUGUGAAUUCGACUAAAAAGCAGAUACUGAAAUUUCCCGGUUGCAGUAUAUGUUGCAGGUGCACUGAAAUUCGUCAGGGUUGUGUUCAUGGCACAUGCCUCCCACUUAUUGUCCAAGCAUUACGAUUCAGUACUUGUCCAUGUUGGUGAUUUAAAACCUUUCUCAAGCGACAAUUUUGUACAUACGAUUUUAAUUAAUAAUCUUGUUUUAUGGAGUCUCAGUGUUGUUUUGCAUCAUAAAACCAAU